AUGCGACCCUUCGAGGUAAGGACACACUGUUUUGCGCAAAUAAGUGAUCUGUGCGCGCACCUGGCAACCUGCGGUAGAAGGUGUAACGCAGAAGCCACUGGAAUUUGGACAAUGUCACCUACGGUCGCAGAUCGGGCGCAAUUCCAGCACAGACUGGGCACAGGUAAAUUUGUCAAUGGGAAGCUUUGUUGGACUGCAUCUGCUGGUCUUGAUGAUUACGAUGUGUGCAACAUCAUUUAUCUUGAUUUGGCAGACGAGACAUGGGGAAGCUUAGAGGUCCCCAUUGGUGGAGAAGACUAUUCUAAUUUCAAACUGGGAGUCGUGGGAAGUGACCUUUCUAUGCUUUAUACUUGUCAGCUAGAUCCUACUACUACAACUAAUGAUGUGUGGAUUUUGAAGGAUUGCAUAUUUUGGACAAAACUGAUCGCCAUCGAAUAUCAUGCUAGGCGACAUGUUUCAACCGGACAAUUAAAGCACACGCUUGAUGUUGACAGAGCCCAUGCUGAAGAAAUCUAUGUCGAAAGCCUUGUGAACCCCCUAACAUUAUCUGACCUGGAAGCCUCACAAUCACUAUGCUUAUAA